GUGCAGCAAGUGCAGUGAGAGGGAGAGAAGCGAGAGCAGAAGCGAGAGAAGCCGGUGCAAGGCAGAAGCGGCGAAGAUGUCAGGAGCUGUAAUAUCACUGGCUGUUAUCAGUACCAGCUGUUAGCAGCUCGCUCGUAGGUAAUAGCUGAUGUUGUCACAGGCAGCUGCAUGCAAGCUGCAGCUUUGGUGUUAGCGGUUUUAGCUUGUAGCCUGUUUUUCUUUUCUUUUUUUGUAGUGGUGGCACUAUGUUGAGUGGCUGUUAGCCAGACAGAGAGGCAGGCAGGGGUGGGACAGGCUUAACCCAAGGGCUGGUGUUUAGAUAGGACACCCCGGGUGGGGAAGAGAGAGUGAGACAGAAAAGGGAGAGGUGAAGUAGUAGAAAAAGAAGAAGAAGAAGAAAAAAGAGUGAGGUUUGAGAGAAGGUAGCAGAGGUGUGUGCCCACCAUGACGGAGAGGUGUAGUCUGUGGAGUGCCCUCUCGGCUGCAGCAUGCUGCUUCUAUCGGGGAUCCUUCAUGCAGGUGCAGUUCUCUAAGGAGAAGUACCUGCUGGAGUCUCCUCCUGAGAAACUCCGCAAAGAACUAGAGGAGGAGCUGAAACUGAGCCCUGCUGACAUCAGGAGCCAUGGCUGGUACCAUGGACACAUACCAAGAGAGGUAUCAGAGACUCUGGUUUUGCGCAAUGGAGACUUCCUUGUGCGCGAUUCUCUGCUCAACGUGGGUGACUAUGUUCUGACCUGUCGGUGGGAUAAUGAGGUGCUACACUUCAAGAUUAGUAAAGUCCUGGUGAAAUCCAGUGAGACCAAGGUGCAGUACAUGUUGGAGUCUGAUAGUUUCGACUCAGUACAAGAGCUUGUGCGGUUUUACGUCGGUCAACGCAAACCGGUCUCCCAGUCCAGCGGCGUCCACAUCUACUGUCCAGUAAGCAGAACUCUCCCUCUGCGCUACCUAGAAGCCACUUUUGCCCUCUCCAACAGCAAGCAAGGCUCUGCCUACUCACCGUCCAGUCAGAGGGGAGCGUACAUCAAGAGGAGGAGUGUCACUAUGACCGAUGGGCUGACAACUGAAAAGAUCAUACCUCACAGUGACUCAGACAGUCCAAGUCCAGUUGAGACACCAGUGGCAACACCAGAACCAGAGCCGGAACCUGUGCCCAACUGCAGCCCGUCGACGAUCCACCACCAUAAAGACGCAAUGCGGAACUGUGCAAUGAGCAUGGACCAGAUUCAGGAGUAUCGUUGCCCCUUGUCACCUGUCGGGGAAACCCCAUUGUCUCCAGCGUAUAGUGCUAUCACCAGGCAGAGAGCCCACUCAGGUGGGCGGGUCCUGGCUGUUGUCCCUCCCUCCCCUGUGAUGCGUCGCUCCAGUGACCCCCAAGUCAGCCCCUCAGCCAGUGACAACCCUCCAGAAUUUCCCCCACGUACCUCUCACUCAGCACACUCCUCACCAGCCCAUCAUCCCAACUACCAAUCACAUUCUUCAGAAACAGCGGGGAGCUACUGUGACCUCAGGCCUUGUCCCUCUGGGCCCCCCAAACCACCAACUAAAAGCUACGUAGAGCGAUUGAGAGUGGAGGAGGGGACAGUGGAGGGAGCAAGAGAGGAAGGAGAGGGGGUGUUCAGCGCCCCACAAGUGGAGACAUCUUCCUCGUUUAAGCCAUCCAGGUUCUACACCAUGUCUAUCAUGAUGGCUGUGGACCUGCUUGGCUGUACAGGAAGUACGGAGGAGAGGGCGGCCCUGCUCCAUAAGACCAUCCAAUUAGCAGCAGAGUUGAAAAGCAGCCUGGGCAACAUGUUUGGUUUUGCUGCUGUGAUGAGAGCCCUGGAGCUCCCGCAGAUAUCCCGUCUGGAGCAGACAUGGGUAACCUUACGCCAAAGACAUACAGAGGGAGCUAUUCUAUACGAGAAGAAACUCAAGCCUUUCAUGAAGAAUAUAAAUGACGGCAAAGAAUCCAGUGCUCUGUCCAACACCACCUUCCCUCACAUCAUUCCCGUCCUGUCUUUACUGGAGCGUGGUAUGGCUCUUGGGGAUGUACUGGAACCCUGGGAGAGUGCAGAGGUGGGGGUAGAUGUAGUCAUGUACCACCUAGAGGCAGCUCGCACCAUUGCACAUCACGGGGAGCUCUACAGAACCAAUGCAGAGACGAAAUUACAGGGAAUUCAGGAACGAGCUGAAAUACAUGACAUCUUCCAGACGGAGUUUCAGAUGCGUCUGCUGUGGGGCAGCCGUGGCUCUGAGGGCAGCCAAUCGGAGCGUUACGAGAAGUUUGACAAGGUCCUCACCGCCCUAUCACACAAGCUAGAGCCUCCUGUGCGUCACAGCGAGCUAUAGCACCUGCCCAGACAACCUACAGGGCAGGUGCUUUAGUUUACCGCUCUUAGUGGUAUGGCCUUGUUUUGCAUUGCAAAGGAUGGUGUGGGAGUGCUCAGUUUGGACACUGAAAAAGGUGAGAGUGAAAGAAGAGGCAGCUAAAAGAGUAUGUGCAGUGAGCAAGAGGAACACGGAAAGGGUCUCGCUGGCAAUGUGUUGCACUCACUGUGGAUUUAAAAAGAGGUACAGAGUUUCUUCCGUUCCCCUUUGUGGACUUCCUCACUUACUGCUGAAAUAUUCAAAUAAAAAGGGAGAGAAGAUAAUCUAAGCGGAACAGAAGAUGGAGCAGAAGGAUGACCAGUUCUUCUGGUACAACAUUUACACUGUGCCAAACCGAGGUGCAGAAUUUGGCUUUGCUCCUGUAAAACACGGAUACUCAACUGCUGUCUCACACUGUAGCCAAACUUGCAUAGCUCAUGUAGAUGUUUAGUCUGUAAGAAUGAGUGAGUGUUUGUCUGCUGGCAAGUGUGUUUGCGUUUCUUCAUUUUUGUAUGUCAUUAAAGUUUCAUGUCUAUUUUAUUUUUUUGUCUUAUUUAUUCAUUAUGAUCAAAGGAUAUCAAAACAUUAUGUACAUUGCUUCAUGAAACUGAAGAGAAUCUGUCAGUGCUCAUUCCGAGGGAACCCUGCUCAUAAAAUCUCAUGAAAUAUGUAUCAUGCAGUCCCACUGAAUCCCAUUAAAAAUGUAUCAGGCAUGCAUUAAUAAAUGUACCAGAAAUGAAACAUUCACACAAGUUAUCCAGCAACUUCAAUAUGAGGGUUUUGUGAGUGGUUAAAAACAUUAAGAGGUCAAGGCAAGCUCCCCGCGUUGCCUGUUUGACUUAGCCUUCUCAUAUUUUCUGUCCUGUGCACCAAAAUGAGCUAAAACAGCAUUACAAAAGACAAGAAAAAUGUAGCGUUUACAUUUUAAAUCAAUGUCUCAGUUAAGAUGUAAACUUUAAGGAACAUGCUUUAGUUUGAAUUUGGCUCCGUUUUGCAAAUUUGCUGAAAGAAAUGUUUGAUGCAUUGAUCCAGAAAAUGUUACGCCAACUAAAAAGUUGCUUUAGUAGCAAUUCGAUAACUUCCGUACAAAAAUGUGUCAAAGUCAGGAAAUAUAACAUUCAGUGCAGAUAUUUUGUGUCUGUGGAAAAUCUUUAAAGAUGAAUUAAUAGUGCCACGUUUGUAGUACAUCUGAAGAAAAGUGUCUACUGCUUGUAUGUUUGAAUUUGUGUUGCAGCAAUACAGCUAAAAAUGUCUGAACAAAGUUUAUUUCUUUGGGGUUACAUUUUGCUUGACUAUCCAGUGUUAUGUUUUUGCUUUAACAUUUGAAGGGCCUGAGAGGGCUAGCGCUAACUCUCAGAGCUAUGCAAUCGUUUCAACCAAAUGCUGAGAACCCUGGGGAAGAGACUUCCAUUGUGGAUGUUUUAAAAAAAAAUUCUUAUAACUGAAUGGAUGAAAGUCAAAUCAGAAUUCAGUUAAACAGAAAUGCUUCUGAAAAUUGUCCUUACUGGGAUAUUCUUAAAUAGAUGUUCGAUUUGCAUUUUCUAGUUUGGGAUAAGCUGUACAGAUCUAGAGUUCAUGAAGGAAGGAGCCAUGUGACAGUCCCACUGUGGUCCAACAGGGGGCGUGGUUUAGUCAGCAAAAAAAAACAAAACCCUGAAUCAUGAAUUGUAACAUUGAAGACCUAUACGUGAAGAAAUGCCACUUUUAUUGUGUGUGUUUCGAGACCAAGAGUAUGCCUACUGGUUUAGGUUUGAUAACUGAUAACAAUGGUUUCAGUGAUGUAAUAUGUUUUUAUUUGUCCUCUGUUGAAUGCUGUACAGGAAGCUGCUUUGUCAGCAUGUCAAGAAAUGAUUGGGACUGAUUUCAUUUAUUUUCUUUUUUCUUUUUCUUCUUUUUUUUACGUCCUGUACAGUUCACUUUUUUCAAAUAAAAUUGCUUGUGUCAAUGCA